AUGGUGAAAGACCUAUCAAAAAAUAGAUUCACGGAAAUUCCUCCUGAUGUAUGGCUGUUCGCACCACUUGAGACAUUAAAUUUGUAUCACAAUUGCAUCAAAUCCAUUCCCGAAGCUAUUAAAAAUCUACAGAUGUUAACGUAUCUUAACAUUAGUCGAAAUCUUUUAUCAACAUUGCCAAAAUACCUGUUUGACCUGCCCCUUAAAGUGUUGGUUGUUAGUAAUAAUAAGCUAGUUUCCAUUCCAGAAGAAAUUGGAAAAUUGAGAGACCUAAUGGAGUUGGAUGUUAGCUGUAAUGAGAUUCAGGUCCUUCCCCAGCAAAUAGGAAAAUUGCAGUCACUCAGAGAGUUAAACAUAAGAAGAAAUAAUCUCCAUAUGUUGCCAGAUGAAUUGGGAGACCUCCCCUUGGUAAAGCUGGAUUUUUCUUGUAAUAAAAUUACAGAGAUCCCAGUUUGUUACAGGAAAUUAUGCCAUUUACAAGUAAUAAUUCUGGAUAACAAUCCAAUGCAGAUACCACCAGCACAGAUAUGUUUAAAGGGCAAAGUACACAUAUUUAAAUUCCUCAGCAUUCAGGCAUGCCUCAGAAUAGAUAAAAAACCAGAUUCUUUGGAUCUUCCAUCAUUGGGAAAACGAAUCCCCUCCCAGCCACUGACAGACAGUAUGGAAGACUUUUACCCCAAUAAAAAUCAUGGCCCUGACUCUGGCAUUGGCAGUGAUAAUGGAGAUAAAAGACUGUCUACCACUGAACCAUCUGAUGAUGAUACAAUCAGCCUUCACUCUCAGGUAUCAGAAUCAACAAGGGAACAGACUUUAAGAAACGACAAUCAUUUAAUAGGAAAUAAACACGACUCACAGAAAGACCAGGAGGUGGAUGAUUAUAUUGACCCUAAUGCAGAAGAUGCAGCUAUUCCUGAACAAGGAGAUGUACAAAUUGGACCAUUUAUCUCUUACAUUAAGGAACAAGGAAAGCAUCCUGAGAAAUCCCAGAAAAUAGAACAGAAUGAAGAAUGGGGAGAUGAAAAACGGCUUCAGAAAGAACAGUUGUUGGCAGAGGAAGAAGAUGAAUUGAAAGAAGUGACUGACUUGAGAAAAAUAGCAGCUCAGCUACUGCAGCAGGAGCAAAAAAACAGGCUCCUUAAUCAUUCGACCUCAGUAAGUACGAGAAACAGGCCAAAGCAGCAGACCGUGGAAUCCGAAAAAAGUGUCUCAGCAGAUGAAGCAAACUCUCCAUUGUCUCCAUAUAGCUGGCAGCCUCUAGAAAAUCAGAAGGAUGAGACAGAUGAGCAGCACUGGCCAGAAACUCAACCAGUUAUUUGGCAAACUGAAGAGAGGAGGAAGAGCAAACAACUUAGAAAGGAAUAUUUCAAGUACAAGUCUUCUAGAAAGAGUUCAAGUGGAAAUGAAAAUGAUGAGCAAGACAGUGAUAAUACUAAUGUGUCUCCACAGUCUCCUGUAUCAUCUGAGGAUUAUGAAAGGACAGACAGUAACUCUCAUGGUCCAUUUGGUCUCAAACCUAGGUCAGCUUUCAGUCGUACAUCGCGGCAGGACUAUGGAGCAGUGGACCCUGGAUUUACAAUGAGAAGGAAAAUGGAGCAUUUAAGGGAAGAAAGGGAACAAAUAAGACAGCUUCGCAAUAAUCUUGAAUCAAGGUUAAAAGUGAUGUUGCCGGAUGACAUUGGAGCAGCAUUGAUGGAUGGUGUGGUUCUUUGCCAUUUAGCCAAUCACAUAAGGCCACGUUCUGUUGCCAGCAUUCAUGUACCAUCACCAGCAGUGCCUAAACUCAGCAUGGCGAAGUGCCGAAGAAAUGUUGAAAACUUUUUGGAUGCUUGUAAAAAAUUGGGCGUCCCCCAGGAAAGGCUUUGCUUGCCUCACCAUAUUUUGGAAGAAAGGGGUCUAGUGAAAGUUGGUCUCACUGUUCAGGCUCUGCUUGAACUGCCUACAUCUAAGGCAUCUCAUCUUUCCUCUGUGUAACGUGACUUUUGGAAACCAGACAAACCAACCUUUGAUCUGUUGAUUUGGAUUGCUCCUGGGCGAUUCAGCUUUCUGAAUGGGCACAUCCAAGCCAUCAAAAAGUCAUUUCUGCCCAGAUACUUUAGACAGAGCCUUAUUUUGGAGUUAAGCAUGAACCUUGAUGUGAAGCAGACAAUUACCUGAAUAUGUUGGUAUUCUGAUUUCUUUCUGGGUUUUUUUUAAAGCGUGGAUGCACAAGAGAUUUUGACAGCAUCAGGUUCACUUUCCAGGUAACAUAAGUUCCAAGUUUCCCAUUAAUGUUUCAUGGUGUUACAUUUAAAAAUUUAAUUUUUUGAUACCUUCAGUUGACUUAAAGCCUUCCUGUAAAACAUUUAAAUCAAUUGUUUGGUUUAAAUAUACAGUUCAAAAUACAGCGACUGUAUGAUGGUGAAAAUAUGAGUGACUGAUCGCAUUUAAUCCAUUUUAAUGUUUCAAGUAGCGCUGCCUUUUGGGUUCUUGAUUUCUUGCACUCUUGUAAUUUAUACAUUUUUAACAUCACCAGUAUUUAGUUGGACAUAAGUUCAUUACACAAAAGAGUAUACAGUAAAAAGGACAGAUUUCAUGGGGGGUUUUCCAGUCUUCUAGGUUGGUGCCAAAAUAUUUUUUCAGUUGUACUGUAGAUUGUUUACAUGUGAAGUGCCUGUGUAAUUGAUGACUCUUAAUAGUCUUAAACAUUUUUGCAAUUUCUUUGUCUGAAAUAGAUACAAUGGGAAUUUUUAGAUAUUUUAAUAGUUUUUUGUAAGGUCAGUAAUAUGUGAAGAUAUAAAUGAUGCUUCACAUUUUUGAUGUUGGAUGUUUUAAGUUUGUUGCACAAUUUAAUUACUUAUUAUGGUGUCUGAUGAUGGGAAAUAAUGUAAAUACAUUUUAUUUAUGCUA